CGCCGAACACUCCAACACUCCAACUCUCACGUCUCUGCCUCCUGCGGACGAACACCCUCGUCGACAUCUGUCCAACCACUUCGGCAGACACCCCGCCGCUAGCAGCAGCAGCAGCAUCACACCCGCACGCCGCCAACAUGGUGGUCGACACCGAAUACUACGAUGCGCUCGGCGUCAAGCCCACCGCGACCGAGAUUGAGAUCAAGAAGGCCUACCGCAAAAAGGCCAUUCAGCUGCAUCCAGAUAAGAACCCCGACGACCCGACCGCGCACGAGAAAUUCCAGGCAGUGGGCGAGGCAUACCAAGUCCUCAGUGACAAGUCGUUGCGAACACGAUAUGACCAAGUGGGCAAGGAGGGCGCGAAGCCGGACUCAGGCUUCGAAGAUCCGGCAGAGUUCUUCACCAUGAUCUUCGGUGGUGAAGCCUUCCAGGACUAUAUCGGCGAGAUCUCCAUGAUGAAGGAUUUGACCAAGAGCAUGGAGAUUUCCAUGCGCGAACAGGAAGAGGCCGAAGGGGCUGCUGAGACCACCGGAGCUCCUACAGAUGCCGCCGCUGGUGCUGCUGCCAAGGAUGCGACACCUGCUGCUGCUGGUGCUGCUCCUCCACCUAUGCCGCCCCGGCCACACGCAGAGACAGUACCAGAUCAUGCCCCCGCUGCGGGUGCUACGCAGGACAUCCCGAUCCGCGAUUCGAAGCCCGCAUCCGGCUCAUCCACACCAAGGCCGCAGGGCGUGCCCACGAGACUUGCCAUUACCGACCGCACAGAAGAGGAGGCCGCCGCCACUGCUGCGGGCAUGACGGAAGAGGAGAAGCGGCUGCGCGAGAAGGAAAAGAAGAAGGGUGGCCUGACGAGAGAGCAGCGCGAAGAACUGGCUGCCUUUGAGGCCGAGCGCAAGAAGAUCAGAGACGAGCGCAUCGAGACGUUGGCCAGUAAACUCAGCGACCGCAUCAGUGUGUGGACGGAGACCGACAAAGGCAAAGACGUGACAGAAGCUUUUCGCGAAAAGAUGAGGCUCGAGGUGGAGAACCUCAAGAUGGAGUCCUUUGGCAUUGAGAUCCUUCACGCCAUCGGACAGACCUAUGUCACCAAGGCAUCCACCUACAUCAAGAGCCAGAAGCCGCUGAUUGGCGGUGUCAGUGGUUUCCUCAGUCGACUCAAGGAUAAGGGCAACAUGGUCAAGGAUACCUGGGGGACCGUCUCCUCGGCCAUUUCGGCCCAGAUGGAGAUUGAGGAAAUGGCUCGCGCGGAAGAAAAGGGCGGCGAAGACUGGACUGACGAGAGGCGUGCGGAAUAUGAAAAGCGCGUGACUGGUAAGAUCUUGGCUGCUGCAUGGAGAGGCAGCAAGUUCGAAAUCACGGGUGUGCUGCGAGACGUCUGUGACAAGGUCUUGUACGACAAGAAGGUGAAGCCGGAGAAGCGCAUCGAGCGUGCUCAUGCACUCAUCAUCAUCGGCGAAAUGUUUGCAAAGGCUCAGCGAGACCCCGACGAAGAGGGCGAAUUCAUGGCAUUCGAGCAGCUCAUGGCCGAGGCCACCGCCAAGCGCGAGAAGAAAGCAGAUACCAAAAAGGAGAAGGACGAGGGAAAGAAGGGAGAGCGCCACAGUAUGUUCGGACACAAGCAGGAGCAUGAGAAGCCGACCGCGGCGACGUCCUAGAGAGGGUCGGCGCCAACGACUCCACUCGAUCGCUCGAUGAAAGGGCACGUGGAGUCAACCGCACCACAAGCUGUCUCGACGGAAUGCAAGAGACCGUCGUUCGAGCCUUCACUGCCCCCUUCACCACCAGCAUACAACUGGAGAGGACCAAACGUGAGAGGACCGGAAGCAUACCCAACAUUCAGCCCCGGAGUUCGGAUCGUGCCUCCCAAGCGCGAAACGGACGACAGUGGAAGUGGUGAUUCUGCCGCAUCCGAAGAGGGAGAGGAGGUCGAAGACAUGAACACCAUGACUUGAACGUUUGGCACGCCAUGAGGAGCAACUUCCACAAGACUCUUGUGGCCAGCAUGGCUCUCCCAUGACCGGGCUUCAGCCGCAAAUAUCCAUGCACUCCCUGUUCUCCCUCGUUACGACUGCAGAGUGCGACGUAAGAUCCACCCACCCGGUUUUUUUCUCUUUUUCUGCUACUUCGGAGAUUAUCUCUGUGAGAUGAGCUCCAUCACUGUUGCGACGCCGUCGCAUCGUUAGCCUCAUGACCAGCACUAGGAAGGGAAGGAUAAAUGCACUAAAAUGGCGUGCAGAGGCUAGACCCUGAGCGAGGGCUUGAGUUGCUGCUGGGAUAUGGUAUGGGUAUGGCGCGGCGGGGCGUGUUCGCUUUCGCUUUCUUGUCUGAUGGUCAAUGCUGUUGUCAUGGAGGGAAUUCCCAACUUCAUGUUGAUAAUGAUGGCGGCUCGGAUCGUACGUCUUGAAAGGAUGGCAACGAAUUGAGCAUGUACAUGAUGAAGAACCACGGACAUGGCAUUGCCUUUUUUUUAGCGAGCGGUAUCGUUAUAGACUCUAGUGCAGUGAAAUCUUUUCGCA